AUGUAUAAAGCUGUGGCCAGCUGAAGACCACUAUAAAAUCCAUGGGAAGAAAAAUCCAUCAUUAAGACUCGUAUUUUAAUGGCAUAAAAAUCAUACAGAGCAAAGAAACUGCAGAGAGUGUCAUGCCAAACCAUAAGCACCCGUUUCGGAGGCCUUGUAGAAAGGUAAGUGGUGGUGACAGAUUGAAUGGAAGGUUUGAACCCUUCAGGCAUGUGGACACAGCUGACUUUUGUGGAUCAUGUUUUGAGAGCGAAAAGACAGGCAUAGCCAGUGAAAUUUCAAAUCAAUUGCUGAAGAUGUCUCUCUCUCUGCUACUCAUCCUGAUUUAUUUUCUCCUUAUUCACCUUGUUUCUCCUACCCUACAGUUCCUGGAGGGGAGAGCUGGGGGAGGUCUGUGCAUCUCACAGACAUGAGGAUUCAUGUGGGGCAUUUGGGGCCUUUGCAUUUGGAAAGCCAAAGGACAGAUAGACUCUUGUUCUUUACCACUAGUCUUAGUGCCAGGGCUGCAGACAGAAAGGACCCACAAGUAUCACAGCUUCUCAUCUACAUCUUUGUCCACAAGGAAGUUAAAACACAUUCUACUGGCUAAACAACUGUGUGUAUGCAUUGGAAGUGAAUUCAAAGCUAGCAAGGCAAGACAAAAGUAAGAGCAUAGCCAAGGUAGCUUGUGACUAAUAGCUACUGGCUCUUGACCCAGCUUUUAUUUAUAACAGAUUCAUGGGAAAUCUUCUAGGCCUGUUUCAAAACAAUGCCAAUUAAUAAAUUUUAGAAUUAGUCCUACAUAGUUGAACAAGCAAGAAAGAUUAGAUCAUAUACUAAAAAGUAACAAAACUGGGAAUUCUUACAAACUCUUAAUUUCUAAGUUUGAAAAAUUGUUAAUGACAUAGUCUGAGUAUACCAGUAAUGAAAUGAGAUUUCCUAAUGGCUUGAUGAUAAAGCCUCUGCUGAGCCCUGGCUUCAAUGGGGAUCUAACUUACAGAGUAUGUUCUCAAGGGAGAUCAUAGAAUUAUAGAAUAAUUUGUGUUGGAACAGACCUUUGAAAAGUCCAACCCCCCUGCAAUCAUCAGGCAUAUCUUCCACCAGGUCAGUUUGCUUAGAGCCCUUUUUGACCUGGCCUUGAGCGUUUUCAGGGAUGGGGCAUUGACCACACCUCUGGACAACCUGUUGCAGUGUUUUGUCAUCAUAAUUAUAAAAAUUAUUUCCUUCUACCUAUUUUAAAUCUAUCCUAUUUUAGUUUAAAGCCAUAUCCCCUUGUCCUAUUGCAACAGGCCCUACUAAAAUGUCUGUCACCAUCUUUCUCACGAGUACCAUCUUUAAAUAAAUAAUAAGAUAUAUAUAUAUAUAUUUCUUUAAGUACAGACUCUCUCAGCACAUGUUCAUAGGAGAAGUGCUCCAGACCUUUGAUCAUCUUUGUGGCCUCCUCUGAAGCUGUUCCAGUAUGUCCAUGUCUUUCCUCGCUGAAGAUCCCAGAUUUGGACACCGCAUUCCAGAAACUAGUGGAUUCUGACUUCCUUGAAUGAUGUAAAUUAGCUCUGAAGGAAUGGACAGCUCCAACAAAACAAACCACACAAGUUUUCUGAGAAAACAGCAAAGGAACUAGAAAAGACAGCUUGACUUGUAGGUUCUCACUUGACCCAUGAUUGACUUUCUGCUAAUGCAACACUAAUUUAAGACACCUUUGUGUAUCAGAUCUGAGGAUGUUUGUGUUGCUGUACAUUACAAGUUUUGCCAUCUACACAAGUGAACAACCUCUUCAAAGCCAGACCAAAGGAGAAAAUUACUACACCAGAUAUAUCUGUAGCAUCCCAGGUUUGCCAGGCCCUGCAGGCCCCCCUGGAGCCAGCGGAUCCCCGGGGCCACACGGACGCAUUGGUCUUCCAGGAAGAGAUGGUAGAGAUGGGAGGAAGGGAGAAAAAGGCGAAAAAGGGAGUGCAGGUUUGAGAGGAAAGACUGGGCCAUUAGGACCAGCUGGAGAGAAAGGAGACCAAGGUGAGUCUGGUAAGAAAGGACCUGGAGGACUGACUGGUGCCAAAGGUGAAGUAGGUCCAGCUGGACCACCUGGACCUAAGGGAGAUAAAGGAGACCGAGGAGAUCCGGGUGCCCCAGGGGUCUGCAAGUGUGGAAAGAUAGUGCUGAAAUCUGCCUUUUCUGUUGGCAUCACCACGAGCUACCCAGAGGAAAGAUUACCAAUUGUAUUCAAUAAAGUCCUCUUCAACGAAGGGGAGCAUUACAACCCGUCCACAGGAAAGUUCAUCUGUGCCAUCCCAGGGAUUUACUAUUUUUCUUAUGAUAUCACCUUAGCAAACAAGCACCUUGCAAUUGGGCUGGUUCACAAUGGGAAGUACCGGAUCAAGACUUUUGAUGCAAACACCGGCAACCACGAUGUAGCUUCUGGAUCCACAGUGAUCUACCUUCAGCCAGAAGAUGAAGUAUGGCUUGAAAUCUUCUACACUGACCAAAAUGGUCUCUUUUCUGAUCCCACAUGGGCAGACAGUUUGUUUUCUGGAUUUCUCUUAUACGUUGAUACAGAUUACCUUGAUGCUUUAUCAGAUGAAGAUGAGCUCUGAAGCAGAUGUCAAAUGACAUUCAAACUGGAGGCCCCAGCACAGGAUUUUAUCCAUCUCUAUGGGGAAAACAAAGUUGAAAUGAAAAAAAAAAAUCUGGGAGUUCAUUCUUGUUUUGACUGGAACCAGAUCUGAGCUCAUAAGGAUGUUUCUAGAAUCUAGGAUGGAUUUUUUAAUGAACAGCAGGGAUAUCAAAAUGAAGAGUAAUUAACAAAAGACUGCAUCACUCCAGGACUGACUCUUCUCUAAAAUUACGUUUAUAACACUAUUUAAACAAAUUUAAGAUACUGUACAUUGGAUUUUAUAUAAAAUGUAUUAAGUUGCAAUUUAGAGUGGAUAUUUUGUAUAUUACAUUAAAGUAAAAUUGAACAAUU